CCGACUUCAGAGUUGCUCUAGUGCCCCAUCUCCUGAAAAUGCAACCAACCGACGCGUUGUUUUCUUGGAGCUCCUCUUACUUACGACCAUCACGACCAUACCAUUGCCUUAGUCUUGGAUCAUUUUACGAAUAAUACGAGAGGCACAUAUACAAAACGGUAACAAUGAUGGAAAGUCCACCCAUCGACAUCUCAAACCCCGCGGUCAGGGAUUACAUGGCCCUCGUGCGGUUGCAGGUGUUGACACCUCUUUCUUUGCUGAUCAACAUCGCGACUGUGAUGGUCUGUGCAGUCAUGGUUGACCCCAGCCUCCGCAGGAUUGCGGAGCUGUAUCCAUCUUCCAUCUCCCCCCAUCCCCGUUUGAUUGGCAUUUAUAUCAUAGCCAUCUAUCUUUUCCAAAUCGGCUAUUGUGUAUUGCUUGUUAUCGCUCGUAAACCAGAAACCAAGAGAACACUUGUUCGCGGCGUCGGCCUACCGCUUGUAGUCGCGAAUUGGAUCAUGGCUGGAUGGGCAAUUGCAUGGGUAAUGCAAUGGUUCCUCACGUCCACCAUUUUGCUUGGGCUACUCCUUGUGCUGCUCCUCUACGCUAACGUUGUUCUACUCAUAUACCACGCGCCUACUCGAGAAAGACCUCUCGAUGUCGCAUUGAUCCACGCCCCCAUGCGUCUCUUCCUUAUCCUCCCGUUGGAAGUCCUCUUCCCAUACAGCCUCUUUAUCACUCUUGGGUUGACGUGGUCGCCAGGUGAACCACAACAUUACGCAAGGGGUCAGUGGGCUGGUUUUGGCGUCGUGCUUGGCGUCAACCUCCUCGGUCUUGUUGUAAUUGUUUUGAGGCAUGAUAUUGUGUGGUGUGUAGCUGCGAGCUGGCUAUGCGCCAGCAUUUGGAGUCUCAAACCUAAACCUUUCCCUGUUUUUGUGAGUCUUACCAUUUCGAAACCUCUGUCGUUCUCGACACCAGGCUUACACCGUUUGGCUUUCAGAUCACCGCUGUGAUCUUUACGGUUGUUCACCCUCUCGCUCUCGUAGCAUCGUUCUUAUGGGUCAAGCUCCGUGGAGGGGAGAGGCGUGGGCCUAUUGCAUUACCGCCCGAUGAAGAAGAUGAUCAUUCCGGGAACCCAAGACGAGAGAGGGGACCGAGGGAGGUUGAUGCUGAAGCCUUGUGGGGAUGAGUAUCUCACUGACUUGUUCGAGGUAGUUAGUAUGAGUAGUUCAGCUGGUUUUGUCCUUUGAGACUUUACUGUACGUCAUGUUUGUUGUAUUGAUAUCAUAUGCCCACUUAUUGUUCAUGAUGACGAUGUAAGUGUCUGGUUAGACCGCCUUUAGGGCGCCAGAUCCAGGUAAGAUCUUAGCCCAGGUUGUUACAAUAGUUAUGAUGACCACUGGGCCUAAGAUUCAGUCUGUAAUAUGUCCGAAUAUAUACACCAUGUUCUG